UUCAGCAAAAAUAAUUUCAGUUCAGAAAAAAUAAUUUCAAUUCAGCAAAAAAUUAACUGAAGUUAAUGAGACAUAAUGCAUUUCAUGUAUGUUACUUCUUAAUUAAUAAAAAAAAUAUUAUUUUAAAAUUCAUUGGUCCCUUGGCUGAAAAAAAAAUAAAAAAAAAUCAUACAAUUAUGACCACACAACAUAUACUUUUAAGUACACAACUUGCUUUACCAUCUUCUAGUAUAAUCACAACAUGCAUCAAUUAUAGUAGCAACACGGCAACACUUCAACUCCAUUUAUAUAACUCUCUCAAAGCCUCCUCUUCUCAUCAUCAAAACCUCAUCCAUUGAAAUCCCAAAACACCCCAUAAUAAUAAUUACAAUGUCGUCGUCCGACCUCUCGUCGACCUCAUCAUCAUCAGCCAACGUUUCUUCAGCAUCAUUACCAUCAUUACCAACAGAUAACAUUAGCUCCAAAAGCAGCAGCAGCACAUGUUCUUCCAAAAUUAUUGAUGAAGAAAACCGCCACAUCCUCUCGGUAUCGAAGUCGAAAUCAGAUAGACUCCUAGGCAAGUUCUUUGACGCCUUAGAGUUUGAUUUCGACUACGAUACAAGCAGCCUUUGGUCGCCUCCGAUUCGUCGAAGCGUGUUCUUGACCUCUCCUGGAAUUAUCAUUUGCUCUGAUGAUUAUGAUAUGUUUGUUAAGCUUCAUAACUCUCCAAAGAAGAACAAGAAAAUGAAGAAGACGACUAUUAAUGCUCUUAUAUGUUGUAGAAGGUUCUUGUCAUCUUGCUUCAAUGUCUUUUGGUGCUGUUAAGGAAUAUUAUGGUUUGGUCCACCUCAACCUAAGAAACCAAUUUCUUUGUAAUCUCUCACUCUUUUAUCAUCUGGGGUCUAAAGUACUUGUUUUUGUAGUGUAAAUUUGUUGUACUAUCACUUUUGUAUUUUGAAUUAAUUACUUUUUUUUGUUUCUUCUUUUUUGCUUUUUUUUAUGGCCAAUGUAUACCAUUUUUUUUUUAUUAUAAUUAUCUUAAUUCAGAGUGAAAGUGAUACCUCAUAUAUAUUGUAGCAAGUUUUUUGAGGGUGCUAUCUUUAUUUCGAUACUUGAGCAUAGAGCAUUGAAAUUUCAUGAAAGAUCGAAAACUUCUCAUUUUACAAGUAACGAAUACAUUGUUUACAAGUAUCAAAUAUUGACAUUCUUUAGAGAUUCAGUAAAUCAUUCAUCCCCAAGGGAAUGUCAACUAGUUUAUUUUGUUAAAUAAAUUAACGGGUGAUAGAUUGAUUAGUGCCGAAGAUAAAAAUACACUUUAAUAAUUCCAAAUUAAAGGGUAAUUCGGAUUGAUGAAAGAAAACGCAUGUAAAAGUUGGGAUCAUUGCUGAAUAAUUAAAAGUUGGAAUUAUUUAAAGUAAAUUGAGCAAAGUUGUGAUUAUUAAAGUGUAUAUUUCCUUUUCAUUAUUUAAUUUU